AUGAAGAGCCGAAACCAGCCCGCAUCUAAAGCACCGGAGGCUCACAGACAGGAAGCCUCCACCCGACGACCACACGCCGCGUGGGUCUGCUGCUCCUCCGUAGCUACACAUUCACUCACUCGCACUAAGAAGAGGAGGACAGUCCGUAGGAGGAGUGCAGUUCCAGCAAAGCCAACUCACCGGCAAUGCCUCAUCAAGCUACAAGCCACCAGGCGAACCACCGCCGCAACGCAGAAAGUGAGGAAGCUGGCUGGAUGCCACCAACUCGCUGUGGCUGAGCCCUACUGCCAUCGGCCACCUCGCACCCUUUGA